GUGGCGGAGCGGAGCACGAUCUGCCACGACGCCGGCUGGCUCUGUGUGGCGGCGCUGGUGCUGGGGCUCGUACUCGGCAGCCUCCUGACGCUGAUCCCGGGAUGCCGGGUGAUGGUCCGCUACGCCGAGGACGACCUCUGGCACGAGCGGAUCCUUCUGUACCCGGCCGCCUCGGACGUUGAGAGCGGGGCGUGCUUGGUCGUCCUGACCCCGGACGGCGACAUGUACAUCGAGGAGCUAGAGGGCGGCUCGCCGGACGACAGCCCCGUGGAGUGGCAGCUCGUGGCGCGAGACCUGCGGCUGCCGCCAGGACUAGGCCGGUCCUACCGCUUUGGGGAGGACCAGCCCGGCGAGCUGCGGGGCCUGUAUCGCCGGGCGUACGCAGCCUCGACGGCCGACGCUCGGAGUCGCGGGCUGCAGCUGGCGGUGCCCCAGGUGAUCCGCUCCCAGGAGGGUCGCGACGUCUCGGUGGAGGACGAGCUCGGUCGCAACUUCUUCGGCGGGCGGCGGGUGACUGGCAAGCAGGGAAUGCCUGUCGCUGGUGACGCGCUGGCGGCCGGGACGGGCGGGCCUGGCGACCAGGUGGCGGACGGCGGCGACGCCGUGGCCGUCCCCACGGUGCCCAACUCGGUGGGCGGCACCGUGACGCCUCCUCCGCCUGGGCACUUCUGGCGCGCCGCCGAGCCUGACAGCUCGCGGCCGAUCGAGGUCGGCGAUUGGGUCGGAACUCCGAGUCUGGCCUUGCACGAUCGCGGGCUGUUCGAGGUGGCGCCUGGACGAGCCAUCGUGGUGCACCUCGCUGCCCUGGACAAGGACGCCUUCGCGGCCUCCCUCAGGCCCGCUGUCUCCGUCGGCGACGCCCCCGGCGGCGGCGCGGCCGCGACGGGCGACGUCGACGUCGGGUGCCUCGACUUCCUUCGGGGGCGCCACGCCCCGACGGACCACCACCUGACGUUCAAGACGACGGCCCGCCUCCAGAUGGAGCAAUGGGGUGUCCAUGAGCAUGAGCAGCUCAUGAAGUACCUUGAGCUGACCAGCACCUACGACCAGCUCGACCUCAGCAACUGCGCCUUCGCGGAGGCGAUCCUCCGCCGGGCGCAGACCAUCGAGUGGGCUUAUCGUGAUUGGCUUCGAGAGGCGGACUCCGCGAGCUCGAAGGACAAGAUGAGCCCUGAGGAGUUCUCGGCGUUCAGCGGUUUCACCAAGGCGGGUGACCUCCUCAUGGCGGCCCCGCAGUUGCUGGAGCACGUCAAGGCGCAGGUCGAGAAGGACGCCGCCAUCAUGAAGAACAUUUGGAAGGCCAGAGAAGAACGAGAGCUCCGCCGCAAGGGCCCCAAGGCGCCCUCAGAGGGCGCGGUGUGCCGCAGCGCGCGGCGGCGGCUGCUUCGGCGUGACGCCGUCGUGCAGGAGAGCAACCGCGCCAUCGGGGCUUUGAACGACCUGGCCGGGAGGCCCCAGGCGCCAGGCGCCCCGGGCCUGGCGGAGCGGCUUCCCCAUCGGCUGGUGCACGAGCGCGUCCGCCGCGCCGCAGUCGAGCUGGGCCCGCCGCCACCCGACAUCACCCCCGCGGGGGCCCUGAGAGCGCUCCGCGGCGCCAGCGUGCGCGAAGAUCUCGACUCGCCGGUGGUCAGCUUCGACGAUUCCCUUGUCUCGCUGCCGGAGGCCGGCAACAUCCCUGCGCCGCUCGGGCAGCUGCUCCAGGACGUGGGCGAUUUCGAUGUCGAGGCCUCAAUGCACGAGCAGCUUCUCCGAACUGAGGAGGCAGAAUCUAAUCUUCUGGCAGCCCCGAGGCAGCCAUGCAUGGACACGAUUUUGAGGGGAGAUCCGCGGGUUUACUCCCGCUCGGUCAAGCGGCUCGCCGACGCUGGGACGGUGACCUACACGGACACACCCCGCGAGAGGUGCGGCCUUUUCUUCGUCCGCAAGAAGUCUGGCAAUCAGCGCAUGGUGGUCGACUGCCGUCGGGCCAACUGUUGGUUCCAGCGGCCAGCCUCUGUUGCUCUUGCCACCGGUUCGUCUCUUGGCGAGCUGGCCGUGCCUGAGGGCAAGGAGCUCUACGUCGGGCACGUGGACAUCUGCGACGCUUUUUACCACUUCGGCCUGCCCGAGGAUUUUCGGGACUACUUCGCCCUGCCGUCUGUGAAGGCCGGGGGCGUGGGGGUGGUGAGGCUUCGAGAGCGGCCGCUGCAGCCUGGGAGCCGUGUCUGGCGGGUGCUGGCCGUGCCCCCGAUGGGUUGGUCGCGCGCUUUGUACUGGUGCCAGACCAUCCACCGUUCCAUUGUCAGCUCGAUUCCCGAGCUGAGUGAUGUGCCUUUCAUCGCAAACAAGAGCGUAGUGCCGGGGCUGCAGCCGCUGGCCAUGACUAUAUACGUUGACAACUUUUUGGCCUUGGGCACCGACCCCGAGGCGGCGCGGCGCGCCGUCACCUUAGUCAACGCGGCUUUGACACAGAAGGGUCUCGCCACUCACGAGGUUUGCAUGUGCGAUCACAAUGCCGACAUUCUUGGCUGGGAGAUCUGGGGAAAAGAGUGCGAUAUUCGACCCGAGAGAUCAAGGCUGUGGCGACUCCGGCUGGCUCUCGACUGUCUGGUCAGCCGCAGUAACGUCGACCCGAGAGACGUCGAAAAAGUGUUGGGCCAUUGCACGUUUGUCGCCUUGCUAUGUCGUGAGCAUUUGUCCAUCUUCACGUCCGUGUACUCGUUCGUGCGGAGGCUGCGCCACUGUACCGCUGUACCCCUCUGGGAGUCAGUUCGCUGGGAGCUGAACACGUUCUCGAGCCUUCUGGGGAUGAUCUCGCGAAGUAUGUCGGUUGCCUGGAGUCCGACGGCGCUGCGCAGUGACGCGUCGUUCUGGGGCUUCGGGAUGGUCAGCACGGGCUUCAAAGAGGACCUCGUGGGCUCCGUGGGCGGUUUCUCGGAGAGGUGGCGGUUCCUGGAGGGCAACAAUGUGCAGUCGAGGGCUUGGGCUGGAGUUGGCGAGGGGCCUCUCGAGAGCUCCAAGGACUUCCAGGACAUCGUGGGCUCCGAGGAGGCCUCCGCCUCGCCGCCCGGCGGCUGCCCAGCGAGUGGAGCUUCGCGGACGGUCCGUCGCGAGGCCUCCGGCAUGCUGGAUAUGCCCGAGCAGGAGGCGGAGGCGCUGACGCGGAGGCGACCUCGGACGGAGGCGGUCGAUGCCAGGGAGCUGCCGCGGACGCGGGCUCUGACGAGCCCGCCCGCUGCGACGGCGCCCCGCCUCCGCCGCCGGCUGGGCGGAGUGGGCCCCGCGGGCCUGGAUGGCUUCCUGCCGCCCUCGGACUCGACGAACCUGGCGACCUCGCAGGCCGUGAAGCAGAGGAAGUUGGCUCGGCGGCUUGCGAAGCUCACCCAGGAGGGCUCGCGGGAUAUGCUGAGGAGGGGCACUGUGCGCACUCAGACCGUCAGGACCCGCUACAAGCAGCUCGACGACGAGUUCGACGAGUGGAUGGACGAGCAGGGCCUGCCGCGCCGGCCUCGCUUCUCAGUCGACCAUGGGGAGGUGGGGCCGCUCUCGGCCUCGGACGUCGAGAGGAUCGGCUUGGCGCUCGCCGAGUGGAUGCUGUCGCAGUACCUCGAGGGUGUCGACCACUGGCGAGGGGUGCAGAUGCUGGCGGCGCUGCAGUGGAGCGACCCGCGGCUCGGCCGCGACGGGUCAGCCUCGCUGCCGGCGGCGCGCCAGACGCUGCGCGGCUGGAAGGUGCUGACGCCUCCGCGGGCGAGGCUGCCGCUCCCCGAGGAGUUGGUGGCGGCCAUCGCGUGCGAGCUCGUCCUCAUGGGCAAGUGGGGGGCGGCCGCCUGCGCGGUGCUGUCCAUGGUGUUCUACAUGAGGCCCGGGGAGUGGGGGCGGGUGCUGGUGCGCCACGCCGUCCCGCCGCGUGGGGCGGGCAGCCUGGCCCUGCGGCGCUGGGCGCUGCUGCUCCACCCGCGCGAGGGCGAGGGCGCGAAGGCCAGCAAGACCGCGGAGUUCGACGAGAGCAUGGUCCUCGACCUCGACUGCGACCAGUGGCUGUCGGGGGUGCUCCAUCGCCUGGUGGCCGGCCGCAGCGGGGGCGAGCCGCUCCUCCGCAUCGGCGUCGCGGAGUUCGCGGCGCUGUUCAGGCGGGCGGCGCGGCGGCUCGGGGUCAAGUCCGAGCCCAUGCCGUGCCUGCUCCGCCACACGGGCGCCAGCAGGGACUUCGUGAACCAGCUGCGGCCGCUCCGCGAGGUGAAGAGGAGGGGGCGGUGGGAGACCGACACGUCGGUGCGGCGCUACGAGAAGGGCGGGCGUCUCAGCGAGCAGUUCGCCCGCCUCCCAGGACCGCUCCAAAGGCGCGCCCUGCGGUGCCACAGCGUGCUCCCCGAGGAGAAUGUGACGACUGUGCUGGUCGACGAGGCACCAGCGGGCUCCAACGUCGUGCGCGUGGAGUCGGAGGACCAGCUGACCUUCGGUGACAGGGUACGGAUCACGGGUGGCGGCCUUUCAGAAACCAGGACCAUCCUGGCCUUUGGGUCCGUCGUCCUGUGCUCGCCCCUCGAGCACUCCUACCCGGCUGGGUCUUCUGUGACGAAGACGGGGUCGACGUACGCGCUGGGGUCGGACGUUGGGUCGGCCCCGCAGCCGAAGAAGGGCAUGUGGAGCAGUUGGUUCUGGGAGGACGGCAGCGUCAAGCUCUGGCAGUUGUUGCUCGUGGACACCAUGCCGCUGAAGCUGCACUUUGCGAACGACGGCAGCCUCGUCGCUGACGGCGACGCUCCUCCCUCCAGCGUUGACCAUGAUCAGUCCGACACCGACGAGGACCUCACCCCGCAGACCAUCGGCCUUCCCCCGGGGCUUUCCCUGGACGCGGGCGGGGUGUAUUCUGCCAAGCGCACGCCUCUCCGCAGCAAGGCCGCCGUGUAUACGCCCCUGCGCAGCCACGCCGAGGCCUUCGUCCCCAAGGGCCUCGCGCUCGCGGGGGGCGAGCGCGUGUCUUCGAGAGCGCCCAGUGGCGGCGCCGACCCGAAGGCCACCCCGUGGACCACGGUGAUGAUGCGCAACGUGCCCCUCUCGUACACGUGCGACUCGCUGAUCGAUCUGCUGGAGUCCAAGGGCUUCGCGAAGUGGUUUGACUUCGUGUACGUCCCCAUCAACUUCACCAAGUGUCUCGGCGUCGGGUACGCCUUUGUGAAUCUUACCACGCCGGAGCGCGCGGAGGAGUUCAUACUCGCAUUCGAGGGCUUCGAUGGCUGGGACUCGUCGUUCUCGAAGACGGCGUGCUCUAUGCACUGGAGCGUCUGCCAGGGCCUCAGUGAGAACAUCAGCCGCUAUCGAAACAGCCCCUUGAUGAGCGAGGACGUACCAGCGUUCUACAAGCCCGUCCUCUUGGAAGACGGCGUGCGAGUCCAGUUCCCGGGGCCCACGAAGCAAUUGCGCACCCUGAGGCGCCGCAAGGCCAAGGGAGAAGAGGGCGAGGAGUGA